CAGCUGCUCUUCACCCCACUUGGAGGACUGUCAGCAGCAAGAGGAUGGCAUCAGAGCUGGCAAUGAGCAACUCCGACCUGCCCACCAGUCCCCUGGCCAUGGAAUAUGUUAAUGACUUCGAUCUGAUGAAGUUUGAAGUGAAAAAGGAGCCGGUGGAGCCCGAUCGCAACAUCAGCCAGUGUAGUCGCCUUAUCGCCGGGGGAUCCUUGUCUUCCACCCCGAUGAGCACGCCGUGCAGCUCGGUGCCCCCUUCCCCAAGCUUCUCGGCGCCCAGUCCGGGCUCGGGGAGCGAGCAGAAGACACACAUAGAGGAUUUCUACUGGAUGUCCGGUUAUCAACAGCAGCUGAAUCCAGAGGCGCUGGGCUUCAGCCCCGAAGACGCGGUCGAGGCGCUGAUCAACAGCAGUCACCAGCUCCAGUCGUUCGAUGGCUAUGCCAGGGGCCAGCAGUUCUCUGGCGCAGCCGGGGCAGGAGGCACCAUGGCCGGGGAGGAGAUGGGGUCCGCCGCCGCCGUGGUGUCGGCAGUCAUCGCUGCGGCAGCCGCUCAGAACGGAGGGCAGCACCACCACCACCACCAUCACCACCACAGCAACGGCCACCACCAAGCACCCGGCGUCCAGUCCAACGGCACUUCUGGGACAAUUCACCCACACAUGCGCUUGGACGACCGGUUUUCGGACGACCAGCUGGUCAGCAUGUCAGUGCGGGAGCUGAACCGGCAGCUACGGGGGGUCAGCAAGGAAGAAGUGAUCAGAUUGAAACAGAAGAGGAGGACCCUAAAGAACAGAGGCUACGCGCAGUCCUGCCGGUACAAGCGGGUCCAGCAGCGGCACGUCCUGGAGGGAGAGAAGACGCAACUCAUCCAGCAGGUCGAUCACCUAAAGCAGGAGAUCUCCAGGCUGGUCCGGGAGAGGGACGCGUACAAAGAAAAGUAUGAGAAGCUCAUCAGCAACGGCUUCAGAGAAAAUGGAUCCAGCAGUGACAACAACCCUUCAUCCCCGGAGUUUUUCAUGUCAUCGAGAAAAUUCCUCCAUCUGUGAUUUCAAGCCGCAAUCCUCCGUGCCCUUGUCUCCCUGAG